CACCUUAUCCAUCAGUAUCAUCGAACCAAAUGCUACAAAAACUGCUCCUUUAUCACCAGCCAUAGAGCCCACUGCAAACACAACGCAAAUCAGUGGGAGUUUCAAGCCAAUGUUUGUGGCUUCUACCACCAAACCCACCCACAGUAAGCAUAGAAACCGUGUUAUGGGCGUCCCUUUUCUUCAACGCUCAGCUCUCUGAAUUCAAUUCUGUUGAAAACCCAAUUCACUAUUCAGCAUCAGAGGAGAGAGAGAAAUCAGAGAGAGAGACAGAAUCAAACCCACUUUGGCAAACAUCAAUCGUCUUUGUUUGUUAACAAUACCCAACAGUGUCAGCAAUGUUAGCUUCAAUUCUCUCCUCUUCCUCCAAUGCAUUUCCUCUCACCUAUUUUGGUACCGAAAGGUCUUUUUCUUCUUUUUCAUCAAUUCCAAGCAAAUCUAGAGAACCCACAUUCUCUAUCAUCCCCUUUUCGUCCACCAAUGUCAGCAGAAGCAAAGGGGGUAAUCUUCUGCAACUUCGAGCAUCAUCUUCCUCACCUUCAGUGCCCAUGAUCGAGAAAGAGACAGCCGAGACCCAGCGACCUCACACCUUUCUCCGGGAUUCUGACGACGACCCGUCGGAGUCGAAUUCGGUGAGAGCCCGGUUUGAGAAGAUGAUAAGGGAGGCACAGGACAGUGUGUGCUCGGCUAUUGAGGCGAUUGAUGGAGGUGGGAAGUUCAAGGAGGACGUCUGGUCGAGGCCCGGUGGCGGUGGCGGCAUCAGCAGAGUGUUGCAGGACGGCGUCGUGUGGGAGAAGGCUGGCGUCAAUGUCUCUGUUGUCUAUGGACUUAUGCCUCCCGAAGCUUACAGAGCUGCCAAGCCUGUUGAUUCGAAAUCGGAUGUUGAUGUAAAGCCAGGCCCUGUUCCAUUUUUCGCUGCUGGGGUUAGCUCGGUUUUACAUCCAAAGAAUCCAUUUGCUCCAACUCUGCAUUUUAACUAUCGUUAUUUUGAGACUGAUGCUCCAAAAGAUACUCCAGGAGCACCUAGACAAUGGUGGUUUGGUGGUGGUACUGAUUUGACUCCUGCUUACAUCUUUGAGGAGGAUGUCAAGCACUUCCAUUCGGUUCAAAAAAGUGCUUGUGACAAAUUUGAUCCCAGCUUCUAUCCUCGAUUCAAGAAAUGGUGUGAUGACUAUUUCUACAUUAAGCAUCGGGGUGAGAGGCGAGGGCUUGGGGGAAUAUUUUUUGAUGAUCUCAAUGACCAUGAUCAGGAGAUGCUUCUUUCCUUUGCAACUGAAUGUGCAAAUUCUGUGGUUCAUGCUUACAUACCCAUAAUAGAGAAGAGGAAGGAUCAUCCUUUUACAGAUCAUCACAAGGCAUGGCAGCAAUUAAGGAGGGGCCGAUAUGUAGAAUUCAACUUGGUUUAUGAUCGUGGAACAACAUUUGGUCUCAAGACAGGAGGUCGCAUUGAGAGUAUUCUUGUUUCUCUUCCUUUAACCGCACGAUGGGAAUAUGACCAUCAACCGGAAGAGGGAAGUGAAGAAUGGAAACUAUUGGAUGCUUGCAUUAACCCUAAGGAAUGGAUCUAAUGUUAGUUUUCAAAAGUUUUUUUUUUUUUUUCAAAUUUUAAUGUUGAGUUGCUUUUUUGGUUCUAUUCCCACCUCUUCCCCUUCUCCCUCACGGCAGUCGACUUAAAAGACCAAGUUGGGAAUGAGUGAUGGAGGAGGAUCUUGUUGUAAAUCAAAUGGGUAUUUUUAAUUUUUAUUAUUAUUAAUUUUUAUUUUCCCAUUGUCUAA